CAGCGCUAGCAUGAGGGCUGUAGAGGAGUUGAGCAAAGCCCGGCGUUCACCCCUCCCACUGCAAGAGAGAUGGGUCAGUUCGAAAAUACGAAAAACAACCCUGGGAAUGCUACCAGCAGCCAAAAUGAGAGCUGUUUCACAGUUGCUGUGCUUCCCGGAGCUGGCUGUCAGCAGUUCCCACCACGCAGGCAGGAGAGCGGAGUACACCUGACUCUGAGCACCACUGCAAGGAAGUGACUGGAGCUUUCAGCUGUUCUUCGUGGCUGCGACCUGCCAGCAUGGCCUCUGCAUGGAAAUUCUCCUGGGAAGAGGCCAGAAAGCGUGAUCUUGCAGCAUUUCCCUGACCCGUGCCUCAGUCUGCCACGCCAGCCCCAGCACAACCUCAGCUUGGAUCUGUCCAUGCUAGUGAAGAGCUAUUCUGGAAAAUGAUGACAAGGAAGGAAAGCCAGCCCACUCACUUGAGGCAAGCAGAUACAAGCCAACAUACCUCUUCAUUCCACAUGGAAAAGGAAAAUGAGAGUAAAGGUGAUGACAGCCAAAAAGCAGGUGUGGAGGAACAGUUGGUGCCAUUUUUACUUGUCCCUUAGAAGUAAUAAAGACUAGACUCCAGUCUUCAAAACUGGCCUUUCGGGCUGUCUAUUACCCUCAAGUCCAGCUGGGGACCAUCAGUGGUGAAGGAAUGGUCAGGCCAACGUCUGUUUCACCCGGGCUCUGUAGCGUUCUUAAGUCGAUUCUGGAAAAAGAAGGACCAAGGUCACUCUUCCGAGGUCUGGGUCCAAACUUGGUUGGAGUUGCACCAUCAAGAGCUGUCUAUUUUGCUUGCUACUCCAAAGCCAAAGAGCGAUUUAAUGGCAUUUUUGUACCCAACAGCAACAUUGUGCAUGUCUGUUCUGCAGGUUCUGCAGCCUUUAUCACAAAUUCCCUGAUGAAUCCUAUAUGGAUGGUGAAAACCAGAAUGCAACUGGAACGGAAAGUCAGAGGUUCAAAACCAAUGAAUGCUCUGCAGUGUGCUAGAUACGUUUACCAGAUGGAAGGUAUCCGUGGUUUUUAUAGGGGGCUGACUGCCUCCUAUGCUGGGAUUUCUGAGACCAUUAUCUGCUUCGCUAUUUAUGAAAGUUUAAAAAAGCACUUAAAGGAAGUCCAGCUGCCCUCUUCUUCUCCUAACGGUACCGAAAGGAGCUCCACAAACUUCUUUGGACUGAUGUUUGCUGCUGCUGUUUCCAAGGGCUGUGCCUCUUGUAUUGCUUAUCCACAUGAGGUCAUACGGACACGACUGCGAGAAGAAGGCACUAAGUACAAGACUUUCAUUCAGACAGCACGGCUGGUAGCACGUGAGGAAGGCUAUCUGGCUUUCUAUAGAGGACUUUUUGCCCAACUCAUCCGGCAGAUACCAAACACAGCCAUUGUGUUGUCCACUUACGAGUUAAUUGUGUAUCUGUUAGAAGACCGUGCAAAGUAGCAGAGCCAAGACUGCUGUUACUGACUGUAGACCAAUUUCUUCAUUGAACAAAUAGUCCUUAAUGACUGAUGCAGGUUGCAUUGUUGGUGGAAGAACUACAAGUCUGUGAUCACCUGCUGGAUAUUUUCCUUUUGGAUUCAUGCUUUCUGAAAGGUUUUGAGUCAUUAACGUUAAUAGUUAAUUAUAACUUUUUUUUUAACUUAACGAUAAUUAAGCAGCUACUAAAUUAAAUUACACUAUUUAAUUUAAGUAUAUGUUUGUCCUUUUCCUUAAGCACAGCCAUUGUGGUCAAGGAAUGUACCUCAUACCAUCAAGUGGUCUCUUGGACUGAUGUUCAUUAAAACUGUAUUAAAACUGAAGAACUG